CCCAGAUUGAGAUUUGGAGGGCUGGUCUUUAUGUUAGAUCUUUUAUCCAAUCAUAUUCAACCAUCAUGUGUUGCCAGGGGUCUAAAAUCUGCCCUCAGGCCUUCAGAAUCAACAGUGCGGGCACUUGUAGCUUAAAGUGAACGGAAAUGAAAAUUAAGUGUCAACCACUCAGCUUUAGAGUUGGCUAUUGUACGCCUGCUGGCUGGCUCCAGUGUUACACAGGAGCCAGCUAGCAGGCGUAGUGCAUGCACGUCUUUUGAUUGGAUUACCAAUAUUGAGAGGCAGGUCCUAUGGGCAGGUCUAUGCAGAACCUCAGAACUAGGAAACUGAAUUUGAUAAACAAAUUAAUUUGCGUACUACUAAGCUGUUUUUUCAACCCACAAUGGCGGAAGGAGGAGAAGAUAUCGAUUUGGUCGAGGAUAUAAUUAUAACACCAUUCUCAAGACGAACUUUUCAAGAAAAGUUAGACAUUGUAAGGAGAGGUCGCCCGACGCCGACGCUACAAAGCCUGUCACAGGCGGGAAAGGGGUUCGUUCGCCACAUUCAAAGUUCCAACUACGAGCGCCAUCGAUGGCUCACAGGCUCCGAGAAGCACUGCAAACUGUACUGCUGGGAAUGCCUAUUAUUUGCAAGUGAUCGAUUUGGUGUUUGGAGCCACACUGGCUUUGCAAACUUGAGUUGUCUAACCAAGGCAGCAACGAGACACCAAAGUACGGCUGGGCACUUACAAGCAAUGGUGCUUUUGAAAACUUUUGGGGAUACCCGAGUGGAUCUACAGCUCAACGAACAAGCGCGCAGGGCAACGGAGCUGCACAAUGAAAAGGUGAAGAAAAAUAGGGAAAUAUUGAAAAGACUCAUUGAUUGUGUCAUGUUUUUGGGUAAACAGGAACUUUCAUUUAGGGGACACGAUGAAAGUGCUGACUCCACAAACAAAGGGAACUACGUGGAGCUUCUUUCUUUUCUUUCUGAAAGCAACACAGAUUUACAAUACCACCUGUCCACUAACAAAGUGUUCAUUGGGACGUCAGGCAAAAUACAAAAUUACCUAAUUUAUGCUAUUGCUGAAGUGAUGGGAGAAGAGAUCAAAAUGGAGAUUAAAAAAGCUCCCUUUGUUGCUGUUAUGGUGGACGAGACAACAGAUGUGGGAAAUGCAGCACAGCUCUCACUCGUCCUGCGUUAUGUGACGGACACAGGAGUCAAGGAGCGAUUUAUCCGAUUUGAAGAUGUGACAAGCGGCAAGCGAGCUGAUGACAUUGCCGCUCUUAUUUUCCGUUUCUUGGAGGAAAAUGAAUGUAGUCUGGAUAAAGUUGUGGCACAGUGUUUUGAUGGCGCAGCAGUCAUGGCAUCUGGACUCAAUGGGGUGCAGGCUAAAAUUAAGGAAAGGGCGCCGAUGGCCUUAUUCACUGCUAUGCACAUCGACUAAAUUUAGUACUGACUCAAGGAGCCUCAAAGCUUAAAGAAUGCAAGGUCUUCUUUGCCAACCUCAAUGGCCUUGCAGCAUUUUUCUCACGAUCCCCUAAGCGCACGCAACUGCUGGAUGACAUCUGCAAGCGUCGUCUUCCUAAGGUUGCACCAACGAGGUGGCAAUAUACAUCUAGAUUGGUCAAUGCAGUCUUUGAAAAGAGAGUUGCCCUAAAGGAGCUGUUUAACCACUUACUGGAACAUCAUGAUGGCCAUGACGGGGAUACUGUGCUUAUGGCUGAUGGAUUUAAUGCACGUUUGGAUGAUUUUGAGUUUUGUUUUUUGCUUGAAACAUUCAAUGGGAUUUUUAAUUAUUCGGAUGUGCUUUUUGGAAUUCUACAGAAACAAACUUUGGAUGUACAAUUCUGCCUGACAAGGGUGAACAAGUUUUGUGACACAAUUGAGCGAGAGAGGCACAGGUUCAGUCAAAUCUACGAUGACACAGCUCGCAUCUCAAGUUCACCCAGCGCACGCAGAGGCCCAGCCCAAGGAGACCCUCGCACAUACUACCAACAACUCCACAGCAAUAUUCUGGACAACAUUCUUUGCCAGAUACGAAAAAGGUUUCAAGACCACGAAAAAUUAAUGUUUCUCUCCCUCCUGGACCCCCAGCACUUUCAGACCUACCGUAAAAAAUUCCCGCAAACAGCCUUCUCCAGCUUAUCAGAGAGUCACGGAACACUGUUCGAUCUAUCCAAGCUAAAAACAGAACUGACUGUAAUGUAUGCUAUGACUGAUUUUGAAGGGAAAAGUCCCUCUGAUCUCCUUGAUUUCCUUAAGCAGAAAAAUCUGAAUGAGGACAUGGGGCAACUUUACACAUUGGCAUGUGUGGCAGUGACUAUCCCUGUGUCCACGGCUUCUGUCGAGCGGUCAUUCUCGGCCUUAAAGCGAAUCAAAACGUAUUCCAGAAAUGCUACUGGACAGACUCGGCUUUCAGCAUUAGCCUCCAUGUCGAUAGAAAAGGACUUAUUGGUGGAACUAAAACGCACAGAUAGACUGUACAACAGAGUCAUUGAAGUCUUCUUGAGGAAAGAAAGGAGGAAGGAUUUUGUGUUCAAAUAAUCAGUCUUUGUGAAUAGUUAUGUGUCUUUAUCAUCACGGUGAAACUGCUUUGGGUGCGACAAUGCGCUGUUUAGUGAACACACUGUAUUUUUUUUAUUAUUUUUUUACUUAAAGCUCAAAGUUUGUGGACCAGAAAUGGAUAGAAGAAGAAUAUUAAUAUAACUGUUGCACUCGACUAUGUUCUUGCCUAUUAGUUGAACUGUACUGUAUUGUACUCUUCCCCUGCAAUUCUCUGAAUAAAAAUGUAAAU